UUUAAUGGUAUUUGAUGAAUUUUUUAAAUACACAAUGGCAACCUCCAAAUUGACACUUUAUGAACAAGUAAUAAAUUCAACGCUCCCCACUCAACAAGUAGUAUCCCUCCUUUUCUUUUUCCUCUCAUCCUUUUAUUUUCUCCUCUGUUUGCAAGUUGGAAUUCUUCAUUUCUUCGACAUCCCAGGCUAUACUAUUAGUAUAGCUAUUGGAUCCAUGUCAGAUGCUUUAGACCGUUCACUGUUGACCGGUCAAAUAGAUGCAGUAGAUAUGAUCCGGCUGCUUCCAGGAGUAAACGACGACCAUGGUGGUGUCAUUGUGGAUGUGCAGGAGCCAAUGGAUUCCAAAGUCUUUGUUGGUGCACUUAGAGCUUCAAUGUCUCAAUGGAAGCAUGAGGGCAAGAAGGGUGUGUGGAUAAAAUUGCCCAUUGGACUUGCAAACCUCAUUGAAAUUGUGGUCAAGGAGGGCUUUUGGUACCAUCAUGCAGAGCCGAAUUAUCUAAUGCUGGUUUACUGGAUUCCUGAAACUAUUUGUACAAUCCCUGCAAAUGCUACCCAUCGCGUAGGAGUUGGUGCUAUUGUCUUAACAGAAAAUAGAGAGAUGCUUGUAGUACAGGAGAAGAGUGGCAGAUUUCGAGGAUUAGGUAUAUGGAAGAUCCCUACUGGAGUCGUGGAUGAAGGAGAAGAUAUAUGUGCAGCAGCUGUCAGAGAAGUGAAGGAAGAGACAGGAAUUGAUGCAGAAUUCAUCGAGGUAGUAGCAUUCAGGCAAACUCACAAAGCAUUCUUUGAAAAGUCAGAUUUAUUCUUUUUGUGCUUCUUGCGCCCAUUAUCUUUCAAUAUUCAGAGGCAAGAAUUGGAGAUUGAGGCAGCUCAGUGGAUGCUGCUUCCAGAAUUUGCAGCUCAACCUAUCGCCCAGAAGUCUGGUCUUUUCAAGCGCAUAAUUGAUCUUUGUCUAGUCAAGUUGGACAAGAAUUAUGCUGGGUUUUCCCCAGUGUCAGUGUCAUCCUCUGACGAUAAACCACCUUAUUUAUACAUGAACACCAGCGAUCUGCAUCAGUCAAGUCACACAGCGACAAGUCAACUGUGAAACAUUGAAGUUGGAUCAUAUUAUAUCUUCCAUUCACAGUUUAACUUUCAAUAUUAUUUGGGUAAUUCUUGUUUACUCAUUGAACAGCAUUUUAAUUGCUUCAUAUGCCCAGAGUUUCGAUGCUUUUGUGUAAUUGUGUUGGUGCAAGAUGUAGCUCUGGAUGAAAUUCUUUGGGAAAUCUAGUGGAUACGAUGAGAUGCAAAACGGGAGGGCAGAUACAUAUAAUCGGAGAAAAAUGAUCUUGUUUCUCUGGCACCAUGUCUGAUGAGUGCUGAGAGAAAUCUAAGAUAUUACUCUCAGAACAAAUCUGGGUAGUGAUGGUUGUUCUUCUCAGAAUAAGUUUGGAUACACUACUGGCUAUAAUAUGAAUUCUUGUGCUGGUGAUGCAAUGAAUAUUAAACGUUUUAAUCUUUUUAUAGUUGAUUAUUAAAGCUGUGUAAGCUGCUUCUGCUGCAUAUUAUGUAAAUAUUACUUCGUAUCUGUUAUAAACUGUCGUGUUUCCCUCGAAUGUAAAUCAUGCAAGAUAGACUCUUGUUGACAUUUUUUUCUUAGAAUGUUGUUGUAUUAUUUUCUAUUUGAUGGCAAUAUAGUAGUAUAUCAAUGAUA